ACCCGGCAGUCCGCAGAGCAGCCAUGGCGCCACUCCGCCUGCUCGCCGCGCUGCUCGCCGUGCAGGUCCACUUAAAUUAUGGACAGCAAAUUAACCAAGGAAACAAUUUGGUAGCCGUAGCGUCGCACAAGUUGGCAGCCAUAAAACAACAAUCUCAGAAACAAAAUCUUACCCACUCGGAUCAAACGACAGACUCCGAAGACAAUUUAGAAGUGACGCCUGACAAAGAUUUAGAACAAGUCAAUUUAAACACCAGCGCUAUAUAUCCUGGUAGCGGCACGAUAACGAGCAUUACGUUUGUGAGAAACCCGGCGUAUGAUGGACCGUUGCCUACAUUUUCAAUAAUUAAUAGUGCAAAUGCAUCUGAUCCAAUUGUUGGGACUCUCAGCCAUGACACUGGGCUGUUUAACUUGACCAGUGCUUCACCAAACAAUGACCUAUCGUACACUGCUGUAAGUCAAGAGGCCAGCCAACAGACAGAUGAUAAAGUUGGGUUUAUAGCAAAGUCACCCCUUUUUAUAAGUUUUGCGCCACGGUGCUCCGGUGCCGUGUCUUCACAAUCUCCAUAUGUUAUUAAUGCUUGUCCGCCGCAGUCCUUCUUAGCCACGCUGCAACCUUCCCCUCCGCCGAAGCAACAAGUGCCCCAAAUAUUAUCUUCCGCUCAAUUGCAUCCACCGAGUGCACAAAAUCCAACUAACAUGAGGUUACGGUUCAUUCCAGCUCCAGCUACAGUACAGGGUACAGGGCCAGUAAAGAGCACUGUGCCCGUGUCGCCUCAAGUACCAAUACAGAGUACUAUACCAAUACAAAAUACAAUGCCGAUGCAGAAUACGGUACAGAUGCAAAGAGCAGUCCCAAUGCAGAGUACACUACCAAUACAGAACGCAAUACCGAUACAAAGUACUAUCCCAAUACAUAGUGAUAUAUCAAUACAGAGGACAGUAUCAAAUGCACCAAAUCAAAACCCAAUAGCUAAUAUCCUUCAAAAUCCAAAUUUAGGUCUCUUGCUGACACAUAUUUUACCACAAAAUCCUGUCAAGCAAGAAUAUUCAACGCCCACAAAUAAUCUAUAUAUGACCAAAGACCAAAAACCUACUAAACAAACUGCUGUCAAAACUUUGCUACCGCUUCUUGUACAGCUUCUAAGAGAAAAAAAAAAAAAUUGUUGCGAAUGUAAAAAUAAAAAAGAAAUAUCUCAUACGUACAGCAGGUAUAAACCUGGAUUCACAAAACGGUUUGACAAAUUCGAGGCCGAUUUUGGUCGGUCUGAUGUAAAUCACUAUCAUCGCGUUGAACAAAAUAAGAGAAUAAAAAAACCUUUCGAUGAUACUCUGGAAGAAGAAGACUACAGCGAUGAAACUUCGGAUUACACCGCCGAAGAAUAUGAUGAUGAAGACUGAUUAGAAAUAAUUCCUAUU